AUGUCGCCGCUGCUGCUCCGGCUGCUGCUCUGUUCGUUGGCUCUGACAACCUAUGGCCAGGGCAUGAGCAUGUCGGCAGAGGAGGAGGAGAUGCUCGAGGAGAUGGGCAUCAAGGGCGCGCCGAUGGGCCGCAAGAACCUUGACCCGCAGGCGGCCCCAUUCAAGUCUGACCUCAAAUACAUCUAUUGCGGCGUGUGCCGCAAGAUGGUGGAGCAGGCUCACGUCAAGGCGCAGGAGAUCCUGACGAAGCGCUUCGAGCAGCUCAAGAAGAAGAAGCGCAAGCGUGAUACGACCGAGUUUGACGGCGAGGGAGCGCCCGAGGGCGAGUGGGUCGGGAAGAUUGACCUCACGCAGGAGGGAGACAAGCUGGUGCUCGCGUCUCAGCCUGAGGCGGGCAAGUGCAAGCGCGAGUGCCGGACGGUGGAGGCGGCGUGCAACGAGGUGCUCGACCGCGCAGACACCGAGUUCACCGAGAUUCUCUACAAGGCGAUCCAGGACGGCAACGACCUCGAGCAGGCUAGCCGAGCCAGUGAGAGGGAGGGCUCUGUGGUGCAGCGCUACAUCUGCAACCGCGCGGCGGGCGUGUGCAAGAAGAAGACGCCGCCGCUCAAAGGGACGCGCAAGCACGACGAGAGGUUCCACGCGCUGACGGCGGAGGAGAAGCAGAUGCAGGACAUGCAGGCGAACCUCAAGGAGACGGGGAUGAGCGGGACCAUGUACAGGAGGGAGGACCUCGCCGGCAUGAUGGACAAGAUGAAGGACUUUAUGCCCGAAGGGAUGGGCGGGGAGGAGGGCGGGGAGGGCAGCGUCAACCCCGCCGUCGACGAGGAGGGGGACGUGUACGACCAGGAGUCAGGCCUGCCCAUCGUGGGGGAGUCCAAGGAGGAGCUCUAG